GAGAGAGAGAGAGAGAGCGCGAACGAACGCGGAGCAGCAAGCCAGCGAACAGUCAUCCCGUUAGUCGUUCAUUCAGUGUCGGUUCCACUCUGCUGCUGUGGACGGUACCGAGCAGGACGGACCGCUUGGACCGGGAUAUGUAGCAGCAUUGCCAGUGAGCUAUGGUGGACCUCAAGGCAAAUUUAACUGAAGACUGAUGGACCUUAUGGAUGGAGUGAUGAUGUGAUGGAUGUGAAUAUGGGCCGGUGGAUAGGCAUACGAGCCUCUUUCCUCAGCCUGGCCCUGCUGCUGCCAUUGCUGCUCUUCAAACUACCACCUUGCUGCAGCCAGAACACUCAGGGAGGCACUCGGGAUGGACUUCACUUCAACUUCACUCAGGCUGUCUACCACGCCACGGUUUACGAAAACUCAGCAGCACGCACCUAUGCCAACAGUAAAGUUAAAAUGGGGAUUCACUUGGCACAGCGCUCCUGGGAGAUUCGCUAUAGGAUCACCUCUGGUGACGAGGAAGGAUUUUUCAAGGCAGAAGAUUAUGUACUGGGUGAUUUCUGCUUUCUGCGUAUAAGGACUAAGGGUGGGAACGCAGCUAUACUGAACAGAGAGAUCCAAGAUAACUACGUGUUGACAGUGAAGGCCUCUGUCAAAGGAGAAACGCUCCUUGAAACCUGGACUAAAGUCAGCAUUCAGGUCCUGGAUAUGAAUGACCUGCGACCCCUGUUCUCACCUACGACCUACUCUGUCACCAUAGCGGAGAGCACACCUCUCAGAACUAGUAUAGCACAGGUUACUGCCACAGAUGCAGAUAUUGGCUCAAAUGGAGAGUUUUACUAUUUUUUCAAGGAGAAAAUGGAGCUGUUUGCAGUGCAUCCAACUAGCGGUGUGGUGUCUCUUAGUGGAAAGCUGAAUGUUGAUGAGCAGAACCGUUACGACUUAGAAAUUCUGGCUGUGGACCGCGGCAUGAAACUCUAUGGAAACAAUGGGGUCAGCAGCACAGCUAAGCUUCUUGUCCAUGUAGAACGUGUGAAUGAACAUGCCCCAGUCAUGACAGUACUCACCCACAGUCCCUCUUGGCUUGAUAAAAACCCGGUGUAUGCUAUAAUCACUGUUGAGGACCCAGAUGAAGGCUUAAAUGGGGAAGUGGACUCCGUGGCGAUUGUGGGUGGGGACCCCUCCGAGCAGUUCUAUGUAGAAAGAGCUGAGCAAGGCGAGUUUGCCAUUAAGGCCUCUGAAUCGGUAAACUGGGAGACUUACCCUUACGGCUGUAACCUCACUUUGCAGGCUAAAGACAGGGGAACCCCACAAAGGUUCUCUGCUGUCAAGGUUGUGCACAUCAGGAUCAAGAACAGGCCGACAGCAAAAGCUUGGUUUGAACGAGAGUCCUAUGAAGUUAGUCUCAAUGAAAUGUCUCCACCAGGCUCGAUUAUAGUGGCUGUUAAAAUGAGGCCAGAGCCUGAUGACGCAGAAUAUAUUCUGGCUCCUUCAGCAGAUUCUGCUUUUUUCCAAAUAAACACCUUAACAGGUGUCAUCUUCACCACUCGCUGGUUUUCUCAUGUAACCCAGGAUGUCUUUAACCUUGAAGUAGUGGAAAUAGACAGUGAGCUCAAGGUUAAUGUCCAGGUAACUAUUGAGGAUGCCAAUGACAACACUCCGACAUUUGCCCAGUCCUCUUAUGAGGUUUUUGUGAACGAAAGUGUACCGGUGGGAACCUAUGUCCUGACGGUUUCUGCUAUAGAUGAGGACAAGGGGGAAAAUGGAUACAUUACAUACAGCAUUUCCAGCCUUCAGCCUUCAUUACCCUUCAGAAUCAAUCAGUUCACUGGUGUCAUCAGCACCUCUAAAGAGCUGGACUUUGAAUCCUCAUCAGAGAGCUUUAUGUUUAUUGUUAGGGCGUCCGACUGGGGUUCACCUUACAGACGGGAGAGUGAGGUGAAUGUAACAAUUCACCUGGAGAAUGUCAAUGACAACCAACCGUUGUUUGAAAAGGUAGCGUGCCAGGGCGUCAUCUCUAGAGAUUUCCCCGUAGAUGAAGUGAUCACAACAAUGUCAGCAAUUGAUGUAGAUGAGUUAGAGCUGGUGAAAUACAAGGUCCUCUCUGGGAAUGAAUGGGGGUACUUCAGCCUAAACCCAGAUUCGGGGGUCCUCACUUUGAGACGCUCUCUCGCUACAGCCAAUCCAAAGGGUGGUGUGUUUAGUCUGAAAAUAACAGCCACGGAUGGGGAGAACUUUUCUGAUCCCAUGUUUGUAAAUAUCUCCAUUGUUCAUGGGAAGUCUCCCCCUAAAGGUUUCAAUUGUAAAGAGACAAGGGUAGCCCAGAAGUUGGCUGAAAAACUACUUAAGAAGUCUAAAGGUAGCACUAAGCCCAAAGUUGAGGAGGGUUUUAUUGAUCUUUUCUCUGUCAACCGCCAAAUGCCCCAGUUCGACAAAGCUUUUCCCACAGAUAUUGCUGUGCGGGAAGACCUGAUGGUUGGCUCCAGUGUUUUUAAGGUCAGUGCUUAUGAUGGGGACACAGGCUUCAACGGUCAGAUCGUAUACUCAAUUUCAGAUGGAAACACUGACAGCUGCUUUAACAUGGACAUGAAUUCUGGUCUUAUCAGUGUCUUCCUGCCCAUGGACAGAGAAAAGCGAGAUCGCUAUCUUCUCAACCUAACUGUCUAUGACCUUGGCCUGCCACAGAAGGCCACCUGGCGUUUGCUAACUGUCUACAUAGAGGAUGCCAAUGAUAACGCACCCCAGUUUUUGCAAGAAGGAGGCUAUACCAUAGUCAUUCCUGAAAACACUGCAAUCGGUACAGAUGUCAUCCAGGUCGAGGCCACUGACAAAGAUCUUGGACCCAAUGGGGAAACUGUGUAUUCUGUUCUGACCAGCACCACCCAGUUUGGUAUCAACUCCACUAAUGGGAUAGUAUAUGUUGCUGGCCAACUAGAUCGAGAAUUAGUUCCUACUUUCAAGCUGAAGAUUGAAGCUCGAGACAAAGCAGAAAAAGGGAGCCAGAGGUUUUCUGUUACCACCUUGAGAAUCAAACUGGAGGAUGUGAAUGACUGCCCUCCACUGUUUAUACCCAGUGUGUACAAGGCCAAGGCCCUAGAAGACCUUCCGGUAGGAACAGUGGUGGCCUGGUUAGAAACACAGGAUCCAGAUUUGGGUCUGGGAGGCCAGGUGAGAUACACUUUAGCCAAUGACUACAAUGGAUGGUUUGAAGUAGACAGGGCCAGUGGGGCUAUUCGCCUGACAAAGGAGCUGGACUAUGAGACCCAGCAGUUCUACAACCUCACUGUAAAGGCCAAAGACAAGGGGAAGCCUGUUUCUCUUCUGUCAGUCACCUAUGUAGAGGUGGAGGUAGUAGAUGUGAAUGAAAACCUCUACUCCCCAUACUUUUCCCAGUUCGCCUUGAUGGGACUAGUGAGAGAGAAUGCCCGGAUUGGAACUACUUUACUUCAGGUUACAGCUAAUGACGAUGAUGCUGGCAGAGAUGGAGAAAUCCAGUAUUCCAUCCGUGAUGGAAGUGGCCUUGGACGAUUUGCCAUUGAUGAAGAGACAGGGGUCAUCUACACCACUGACAUUCUUGACCGUGAGACCAAGGACUCCUACUGGCUGACGGUAUAUGCCAGCGACCAUGGUGUGGUUCCCCAGUUUGCCACUAUUGAAGUGUUCGUCCAGGUGGAAGAUGUUAAUGACAACGCCCCGCUGACGUCGGAGCCCAUGUACCACGCGUCCGUGCCAGAGGGCUCUCUGCGAGAUGUCACUGUGAUCCAGAUUCAGGCCCAGGACCCUGAUGCCCCACCUCCCACUACUGGCGACAGGAUCAGUUAUCGCAUCGUCAGCGGAAACCCACAGAACUUUUUCUCCAUCAACAGCCGAACCGGUGUGAUCACCACAACCUCCAGGAAGCUGGACCGUGAACAACAGAUAGAACAUGUUUUAGAGGUAGUGGUGUCUGAUGGUGGUCCCAGUCCCCGGCAGAGUACGGUGUGGGUGCUGGUCCAGGUGCUGGAUGAGAACGACAACAAACCCACGUUUCCUGAGAAGGUCUACCAGGUCAAGCUCCCAGAAAGAGAGCGGCGGAAGAAGAGCGAGCCCAUAUACCGUGUAUUUGCCUACGAUCGUGACGACGGGCCUAACAGCGACCUGUCCUACAGCAUCGUGGACGGCAACGAGGACGGGAAGUUCUUCAUUGACCCCAAGACUGCAGUAGUAUCGUCUCGCAAGGCCUUCACCGCUGGGAGCUACGACAUCCUGACUAUCAAAGCCACAGACAACGGGCGUCCUCAGAAGUCAUCCACAGCUCGACUUCAUAUCGAUUGGAUCCGUCUGCCUCCUCCCCCCAUGGUGCCGCUGCUCUUUGAUGAGCCCUUCUACAAUUUCACCAUCAUGGAAAGUGACAAGGUGGCUGAGAUUGUGGGCGUGGUGUCCAUGCAACAGAACUCCGCCCCCUUGUGGUUUGACAUCACAGGUCCCAGGUCUUUCCGUGAGAUGUUCUAUAUUCAACAGAGCACUUGUGGCAGGAACUGUUCCUCAGAAGCAGGUGGAAACAGUGACAGUGUGUUCGACGUGGAAAAGGCUGUGGGCACCAUCAUCAUCGCCAGACCUCUGGAUGCAGAGCAGCGGUCCUUCUACAACCUGACGGUGCAGGCCACAGACGGCACCAAUUUUGUGUACACACAGGUUCAUAUCACUGUCAUGGACAACAAUGACAACGCUCCCAUCUUCUCCCAGAUGUCCUAUGACGUCACCAUUUCUGAAGAUACACCACCUGACACAGAGGUGGUUCAGGUUCUGGCAUCAGACCGCGAUGAGCAUCAUCGGUUGACCUAUUCUAUUCAGAGCUCCAUAGACCCUAACAGCAUGCGUCUGUUCCGGAUCCACCCUUCCCUGGGCACCAUCUACACGGCUCAGAGGCUGGACCAUGAGGCCUGUGCCCAGCACAUCCUCACUGUCAUUGUGAAGGACCAAGAGUUCCCAUACAGGAAGAGUCUGGCCCGUGUCCUGAUAGAAGUGGAUGACAUAAACGACCAUGUACCCAUAUUUACCAGUGCACUGUAUGAAGGCUCAGUGUAUGAGUCGGCAGCUGUGGGAUCUGCGGUGGUACAAGUCACAGCCUUGGACAAAGACAAAGGACGAAAUGCAGAGAUGCACUACUCUAUUGAAGCCGGAAACACUGAAAAUGCUUUUUACGUUGAGCCGGUUUUGGGUGUCAUCACUGUUGCACGGGACCUGGAUCUGUCCAGCAUAGGCCAUUAUGUUCUGACUGUAAGAGUCACUGACAGUGGGUCCCCUCCCUUGUCCACCACCACUGUUGUGCGUGUUGCUGUCACCCUGUCUGACAAUGCUGGGCCAAAGUUCCCUCAACCUGAGUACCAGGCUGAGAUCACAGAGAAUGUUGUGAUUGGGACGUCUGUUACUACUGUCAGCGCAGUCAGUCAGUCAACCCUCACUUAUGAUAUCAAGCAGGGCAAUGCUCACCGUGUUUUUCAGAUAAACCAGUACAGUGGAGUCAUUACUACCCAAAGGCUUCUAGACUUUGAGACUACAGCAUCUUACAAGCUCAUAGUCCAGGCGACCAACAUGGCUGGCAUGGUUGCCAACGCUACCUUGUUGAUUCAGGUAGUGGAUGAGAAUGACAAUCCACCAAUUUUCCAGCAGCUUCACUAUCGUGGCAGCAUCAGUGAAGCAGCACCAGUCAACAGUGUUGUCCUGAACUCAGAUGACUCACCAUUAGUAAUCCGGGCUAGUGACGCGGACCGUAACCAGAAUGCGUUGUUGGUCUACCAGAUUGUGGAAGACACUGCAAAAAUGGUCUUUACAGUGGACUCAGGAACCGGAUCUAUCAGAACCAUUGCUAAUUUAGACCACGAGCUAGUUGCUUUCUUCCACUUCCAUGUGCAUGUAAGAGACAAUGGAAAACCACAGCUCACAGCAGAUAAUCCAACCAAGGUCACUAUACAAGUGAUCGAUACAAAUGAUUCACCACCUCGUUUUAGUCAAAACUCUUAUGAAGCCGUCUUGCUCCUUCCUACCUAUGUUGGAGUUGAAGCUUUGCAGGUGUCAGCCACUGAUCCCGACAAAAACGUGUCCACAGAGCUCAUCUAUUCAUUGACCGAUGGAGUGUUGGAGCAUUUUGUCAUCCAGCCGUCCAGUGGAGUCAUCAUUGUAAAGAACAAUAACUUCUCCAAAGAACGUUUUCGCUUCAGUGUCAAAGUUUCUGAUGGCAGAUUUUCCAGCAUGGCUCUGGUGACCGUUUUUGUUCGAGAGGCUCUGGAUUCGGGCCUGAGCUUCACCCAAAACCUUUACUCGUCCUCUAUUCAGGAAAAUCUAUCAAAUAUCACUAAAGUGGUUGUGGUCAAUGCUGUUGGCAACCGUCUCAAUGAACCAUUAAAGUAUACCAUCCUGAAUCCUGGUACUCGCUUCAGAAUUCGUCCAACCUCAGGUGUGAUUGAAACCACAGGAGUCCCCUUUGAUCGGGAAGAACAAGAGUUCUAUGAGCUGGUGGUCGAGGCAAGAAGGGAGUAUGACCUCCUACACGUGGCCAGAGUUAUGGUUAGAGUCCAGGUUGAGGACAUAAAUGAUAACGCACCAGUGUUUGUUGGUCUUCCCUAUUAUGCAGCUGUUCAAGUAGAAUCUGAACAAGGAUCAUCCAUUUUCAGGGUCAGGGCAGUAGACGGUGAUAAAAGCAUUAAUGGAGAGGUGUCCUACUAUCUCAAGGACGACCAUGGUCACUUCGAGAUCAACCGGCAGACAGGGGUUCUCAGCCUCAAGAAGGCUUUUGAAUCUGAUUUGUCCAAUGUUGAGUACCAGAUUGUAAUAUUUGCCAGAGAUGGUGGCCACUCAUCUCUGUCAUCCAGCAUAGAGUUUCCCAUUACUGUGGUCAACAAAGCCAUGCCUGUCUUUGACAAAUCCUUUUACUCGGUCUCUGUGAAUGAGGAUGUAGUUGUGCACACACCUAUUCUCGGGAUCAAUGCCACUAGUCCUGAAGGUCAAAACAUCAUCUACACUAUUGUUGAUGGAGACCCAUCUCUUCAGUUUGACAUUGGUUUUGACACUGGAGUCAUAAGUGUUAUCCACCCUUUGGACUACGAAGAGGAUUCGUCUCAUCACCUGACCAUCAGAGCCACAGACUAUCUGACCGGUGCCCGUGCUGAGGUUAAUGUGGAUGUGUUAAUUUUGGAUGUAAAUGAUAACUCUCCCGUAUUCCAGAAAAUGGCCUUUAAGGUUGUUUUGUCUGAAACAGCCAUGAUCGGAACUCCUGCACUUCAAGUUAUUGCCACUGAUAAAGACUCUGAAAAGAACAAUGUUGUCCGCUAUCAGAUCUUCUCAGAUGAACAAAACAGCACGGAUUAUUUUCACAUUGAUAGCAGCAGUGGACUAAUCCUAACAGCUCGUAUGCUGGACCAUGAACUGGUUCAGAUGUAUAACUUUGUUGUCAGAGCCACUGACAAUGGUUUCCCACCAAUGAGUAGUGAGGUGUCAGUCAUAAUUGCUGUGAAUGACAUGAAUGACAAUCCUCCAGUUUUCAACCAACUGCUCUAUGAAGCGUAUGUAAACGAGUUGGCACCAAGGGGCCAUUUUGUUACCUGUGUCCAGGCCUCAGAUGCUGACAGCUCAGAUUUUGACAAAUUGGAGUACAGCAUUUUGUCAGGAAAUGAACGAAUGAACUUUGUGAUGGAAAAAAAGUCAGGAAUUAUUACUUUGUCCAGUCACAAAAAGCAAAGAAUGGAGCCUGCCUACAGCCUUAAUGUGUCUGUGUCUGAUGGGGUGUUCACCAGCACUGCUCAGGUUCACAUUAAGGUCUUGGGAGCCAAUCUGUACAGUCCAGUGUUUGGGCAGAAUUUUUAUGAGGCAGAGUUAAAAGAGAAUGUUGCAGUUGGAACUAAAGUCAUCCAAGUAAAGGCCAGGGAUGCAGAUCCUGGAGCAUUGGGUCACAUCACAUACUCGUUUGUUAAUGAUGUGGGCAAGGACCAAUUUAGCAUUGAUGGAAGUGGUCAGAUUACGACCAUGGAAAAGCUUGACCGUGAAGACCCAGCCAAUACAGACAUUGUUCUGAGGGUGGCAGCACAGGACUCUGGGGGGCGGGUCUCUUAUGCAACAGUAAGGGUCUCUCUGUUGGAUGAGAAUGAUAAUGCUCCUCGAUUUCGUGCUACAGAGUAUCGAGCAUCAGUCAAGUCUGAUGUGGCCAAAGGCUUUUUGGUGACACAGAUUCAGGCUCACGAUCCUGAUGACGGUACUAACGCCAGAGUAACUUACUCCCUUUACAGCGAGGCACAUGUCCCAGUGGUAGACAUUCUGGAGAUAGACCCAGACAAUGGUUGGAUGGUGACUAAAGGCAGCUUCAGCCACAUGAGGAACUCUGUACUAUCUUUUUUUGUCAAAGCUGUGGAUGGAGGGAAUCCAGUCAGACACUCACUCGUGUCUGUCUACAUCCAUGUUCUUUCUCCUGAUGCUUUCAUCCCUUCCUUCAGCCAACAUCAAUACCUAUUCAGCAUACCUGAGAAUACUGCCAUAGGUUUCACUGUAGGGACAGUGCACCUUAACACUUCUCCUGGACAUACUUUGUUUGCUGCCACCUUUGCCCUCAUUAAUGGAGAGACUGGGGAAAACAACCAAGACGGAGUGUUUGUUGUAGAAAAGGAUACAGGUGUGAUCAAACUUGAUAAGCCGUUGGACCAUGAGGUGAUGAAAGCUUACCACUUUAAAAUCACUGCUGUUGUACAACAGGCCAAGCUCGAUUCUCUGACUUCUGUUGAUGUUGAGGUGAAAGUGAUGGAUCUAAAUGACAACAAACCAGCAUUUGAGGCCAACUUCUAUGAGGCCACUGUAAUGGAGGGAAUGUCUGUUGGAACCAAAAUCAUUCAAGUCCAAGCAAAAGACCCAGACUCAGAAGCCAAUGGCCAGGUAAUUUAUACACUUGGGGCAAUAAUCCAGUCAGAGGGACAUUCUGAUACACUUACUGACACCUUUAGCAUUGACAGUAACACUGGCUGGAUCUCCACACGUAAGGACCUGGACCAUGAGAUCAAUCCAUCCUACACAUUCACAGUUGUGGCUUCAGAUCUGGGAGAGACUCUGUCUCUUUCCAGUACCACCACUGUAACGGUGGCAGUGUCAGACAUCAAUGACAACCCUCCCAGGUUCCUGGAGCAGCACUACUUUGGCUCAGUUCAGGAGAGUGACGCACCAGGUGAAGUAGUGGCUGUGUUGAACACCAGGGAUGACGACAGCUCCGCUGUUAACCGCCAAGUCAGCUACCACAUCACAGGUGGGAACCACCGUGGUGUGUUUGCACUGGGUCUAGUUCAGGGUGAAUGGAAGAUGUAUGUGAAGGGGCCGCUCGACAGAGAAGAACGCAACCUCUACAACAUUAACGUUACUGCUAGCGAUGGGCUCUUUGUUUCCCAGGCAACAGUGGAGGUGACAGUGAUAGACACAAAUGACAACAGCCCAGUCUGUGACCAGGCAGCAUACACUGCUUCAGUUCCUGAAGACCUCCCAGUCAACAGUGUCCUGCUAAAGCUCGGAGCCACAGAUGCAGACAUGGGCCUCAGUGCCUGGAUCCAGUACUCUAUACAUGGCCCUGGAUCCCAGGAUUUCAUCAUGGACCCAGACACCGGUGAGCUGAAGUCUUCUGCAACUCUGGAUCGUGAGACCACAGCCAACUACCAUCUGGUUGCAAAGGCAACUGAUGGUGGAGGGAGGUCAUGCCGCUCUGAUGUGCAGCUGACUGUGUCCGAUGUGAAUGACAACCCCCCCGUGUUCACCCUGUCACAUUACACUGCCAGUGUGUAUGAAGACACUGCCACCAAAGCCCUGCUUACCCGCAUCCAGGCCAUAGACCCUGAUGACGCAGGUCAAGGUCGUUUGGUGGUCUACUCCCUGGCAGAUUCUGCUGGAGGUUCCUUUUCCAUUGAUAGGUCCUCAGGCAUUGUGAUCUUGGAGCGUGUUUUAGACCGUGAAGUCCAACCGGCUUAUCAAAUAACAGUGCGUGCCUCUGACCAGGGCUCCCCAUGGCCUCUCACCUCAUUGGUGAAUGUCACAAUCACUGUUUUGGACAUUAAUGACAACCCACCUGUGUUUGAGCGGCGAGAUCAGUUAGCAACAGUCCCGGAGGACGUGGGAGUGGGCACUGAGGUUCUCCGAGUUUAUGCUGCCAGCAAGGACAUUGGGACCAACGCUGAAAUAAUGUACAGCAUCCGAUCGGGCAAUGAGCAUGGGAAGUUCCACAUCCAUCCACUGACAGGUGCUAUUUUAGUGUCCCAGCCACUAGACUAUGAGACCUGCAGGGAUUACUUCCUGACAGUGGAGGCUCGUGAUGGCGGAACGCCACCGCUGAGCGCCAUUACAACAGUGAACAUAAACCUAACCGACAUUAAUGACAACGCUCCUAUGUUCAGCCGAGACGUCUACACAGCAGUGGUGUCAGAGGAUGCCACCAUUGGAGAGGCUGUGGUCCAGCUGGUAGCUGACGAUGUGGACAGUCAGCUCAAUGGAGCCAUCCUCUACUCCAUCAUCAGUGGAGACAGAGACAACCAGUUUUUCAUUGACCCACUCAGUGGGUUCAUCAAGGUCAACAAGCAACUGGACCGGGAGACGCUUCCCAGCUACACUCUGGCCAUCAGGGCUCUCGACAGUGGAAUCCCACCCAUGUCCUCGACUGUAAUGGUCAACAUAGACAUCUCUGACAUCAAUGACAACCCACCUGCCUUCUCCCCAGCCAACCUUACCACUGUCAUACAGGAAAAUAAGCCAGUAGGCACCAGCAUCCUGCAGUUGUCCGUCGUGGAUCAGGACUCGUCCCACAAUGGGCCACCGUUUGACUUCCGCAUCCUCUCAGGAAAUGAAGGUGGAGAGUUUGUGCUGGAGAAAGAUGGAACACUGGUGGCCAAUCACGUAUUCAAGAGGGAUCUGGCUACUGAAUACGUUGUUCAGAUACAGGUCAUAGAUUCGGGGAAGCCUCGUCUUUCCUCCUCCUCCACGCUGACGGUCCGGGUGAUUGAGGAGAGCCUUCAUCGGCCUGUGGCAUUACCCCUGGAAGUUCACAUCGUCACGAUGGAGGAUGAGUUUCCUGGUGGUGUGAUUGGCCAGCUACACGCCACUGACGCUGACCCAUAUGAUGCCUUGACAUUUGGCCAUUCUCCACCGGCCCAGCGCAGUCUUUUUAAGAUCAGUCCUCGUGACGGGAAGAUCAUUGCCCUGGGGGGGCUGGAUGCAGGCUGGUACUCACUCAAUGCUAGUGUUAGCGAUGGCCGCUUUGCUGUUCCUGUGCCUGUGAGUGUACACGUUGAGCAGGCAACGCCAGAGAUGCUGCAUGAGGCCGUGACGGUGCGCUUUGAGAGCGUGGCGCCACACAAUUUUGUGGCUUUGCACCUGAAGAAUGUGUUAAAGGUUCUGCAGCGAGCCUCAGAAUCACAGCAGCAGGACACAUUACACCUCCUAAGUCUGCAGCCGGUUGGUGGGACUCAACAGCUGGACAUGCUUGUCGCUGUGGAAACAGCAGGGGGUGGGUACUAUAAGGCGGCCUACCUCACCCAGAAACUCAGUGCGUCACGACGGCAGCUGGAGGAGGUGCUAAGAGUGUCUGCCAUCUUAGACAAGAACUGUUCGGGACUGGAGUGUCGUGGAGCACAGUGUGAACAAAGCAUCAUCCUGGACUCCCACAGCCUGGCUACGUAUAGCACCCCUCGGGUCAGCUUCGUCUCGCCUCGCUUCCACAGAACCUCUCGCUGCACAUGCAACGAUGCCAGCUGUGUUGUUCUGUCACAGCAGUGUGAGGAUCAACCCUGUCCAGCAGAUAUGCAGUGUGUUCCACUGGAGGCCACCAGAGGGCAAUAUGCGUGUCAGUGUCCCCCAGGCAAACUGGGAGAGUGCGCAGGCCACUCGUCUUUGAGCUUCUCAGGUAACAGCUACAUCAAGUACCGGCUGUCUGACUGGCUGCAGACAGAACUGAAGCUCAGCCUAAGGAUUAGGACGCUGCAGAGCCGGGGCAUUAUUAUGUACACACAUACCGAGCCCUGCACCUUGCUCAAGCUGGAGGAGGGGAAGCUGUGGUUCCAAGGCGCCGGCAGAGACAGCAGUGACAUGCUGGGCAUCUCCAGCCGACGUAUCAACGAUGGCAGCUGGCACACAGUGGCGUUGGAACUCAAUCGCAACUUUAGCAGCCUGACGGUAGACGACAGCUACGUGGAGCGGCGCCGUGGACCGCCAUUCAUCCAACCGUUGGCUCCAGACAGAAGCGUGUACUUCGGUGCUCUGGUGCAGCACCCCAACUCUCGUAGCCUAAUGGACUCCCAGAAAGGCUACCGGGUGCUGGAGGGAUUCCAGGGUUGCCUGGACUCAGUCACACUGAACAACAAUGAGCUACCCCUGCAGAAUAAGCGCUCCCGCCAUGCAGAGGUGGUGGGACUGACGGAACUGAAGCUGGGCUGUAUCCUCUAUCCUGAUGUGUGUCUGCAGCAGCCCUGUCGAAAUGGAGCAACCUGCACCAGCCUGCCCUCUGGUGGUUUCUCAUGCAGCUGUAACCCACCGUUUACUGGUGUUCGCUGUGAGAUGGAGAUAACAGCUUGUGUUCCCAACCCGUGCCAGAAUGGUGGUGCCUGCAGACCCAUCGGCAACGCCUUUCUCUGCUCCUGCAGGAGAGGCUUCAAGGGCCUGACGUGUGAGGAAGAUGUGAAUGAAUGCGACCGCAGCAAUCCAGAGGGGGAUUGUGAGAAUGGAGGCCUCUGCGUCAACACGCACGGCUCCUUCUACUGUAACUGCACGGCCGGCUUUGUGGGCCAGCGCUGCAGCCUCCGGCCCGUUGUCGUGCCCAACAUGCAGGCAGGCCAUGCCAUGGUCGGGAAAGAGGAGCUGAUUGGCAUUGCUGUGGUGCUCUUCGUCAUCAUCACCCUCGUCAUCCUCUUCAUUGGUUUCCGCAAGAAGGUUUUUCAGAAGAACUACUCACGAAACAACCUAUCCUUGGUCCAGGACCCGGCUACUGCAGCGCUGCUCAACAAGGCCAAUGGGAUUCAGUUUAAGACCCUGCACUGCACACCAGGAGACCCCCUGAACCUGUAUUCAGAGCCAGGGCUGGGGCCCACUGUGGUGGGGGGGGGUGGGAUGAUGGGGCCUCCCCAGGUCCCUGUGAGGCCCAUGGCAUACACACCGUGUUUCCAAGGAGACACACGAUCCACACUAGAGAAAAUGGUGGAUGGGCACAGUGUGGAGCACACAGAGAUGAGCACCUUCCACCCAGAGUCACCAAGAAUCUUGGCAGGGACCACUAGGAGGGGGGUGGUGGUGUGCAGUGUGGCCCCCAACCUGCCGCCAGUAUCCCCCUGUCGCUCAGACUGUGACUCGAUCCGUAAGAGCCCAUGGGACAGCGAUGAGGGUAAGAUGGUUGACAUGGCAGAGGAGGUCACAUGCUUCUCAGGGAGCAACAAAGGUACCAACUCCGAGGUGCAGUCCCUGAGUUCCUUCCAGUCCGACUCCUGUGAUGACAAUGCCUCCAUAGUGACCGUCAUUCGACUGGUCAAUGAUGCAGUCGCCACAAUCGAAAGUGAAGUGUCAGUCAUGGAUCAAGGUCAAACCUACAACAGAGCAUAUCACUGGGACACAUCAGACUGGAUGCCAAGCACCAGGCUGUCUGACAUUGCAGAAGUGCCAGGCUACGAGGCCAGUCCUGGCAUAGAAGCAGCAGGCUCAGCGCCCCACCUUGGAGGAAGCACACGUGGACUGGAGUCAGACUACUACCUGGGUGGCUAUGACAUUGACAGCGACUAUCCCCUUCCCCAUGAAGAAGAAUUUUUGAGCCAAGACCAGUUGCCACCACCGCUGCCUACGGCUGAGGACUAUGCUGAGCCGUACCAAUCGCUGCCCUCCAACCCACCAGUAUCCAAGGAGAGCUUGUUGAGCUCUGGCAGCACCGCACGGCAGAAUGCAAGGCCACAGUUUCACCCCAGCCAGUACCUUCCUCCUCACCAGCUGCCCCUUGGGGAGGCGUCUCACGGGGAACUUGGCACUUCAGUGACUGGAGUAACCCCAGGAAACGGGGACAGCGAUGACACUGUGUCGAUAAAUAUGCGACUCUCUGUUGGUGCGUCGUCAGCCUCAGAUAUGUCAGCUUCCUGUGGCCUGGAUGACUCGGAACGGGGCAGUGACUUUGACAGCAUGGACGAACUGCGUCUGGGGGUCACCAUCACCACAGACUCACAACAGCAGACUGAGGUGUAGUUAUGAUGAAUAUAGGAAUGCUACAUGGUGCAAAAUAGGCCAGAAGGAACACAACACUAGUGGGAAUAGAAAAGAGAAACACAAGCAGCUGUUAUUUUGGGAUGCAAUUUAAUCAUAGUCACUUAAACCAUGGCUUUAAAACCACAAAUGUAAAACCUCAUCUCUCCGUCUAAGUCUGCUCACAUCUGAGAGCGUCUGACGCAGACUUAUCCACCUCCCAGCAGUCGAACAGUGAAAAGUGUCCUUCUCUUUCAAACAGGGAGUCAAGUGUUAUGUCAAAAGACUGUGAAAGAGAACAUGAAUAAAGAUACAGUAGUCCAUGAAGUGGUGGAAACAUAAAUGUGUCGGGGAAAAAGGAGAAGGGACAAUCAUGUAAGUGCAAGGCUGGAUUAGUUCCCUGCUCUUCCACACAAGUCCAGAAAGCAUGUGGUUUUACCUUUAGGUUUGUAAACUUAGUGCUGCGAGGGUGUACAAACUGUACAGUACAGUACUAUGAACUACGUGGUGAUUAAGUAUGAAAAUACUGUCCAGACACAUUUAAAAAAGCCACUGAUUUGUUAUUUCAAUUGUUUUAAUGUGGAAUGUGAAUUUGCUUUUUCUCAGAAAUGUUUCCCCCACCCAUCGACUACCACUAAGCCAUUCAGCAGCUCCAUCUGAUUGCCCACAUCGUCCAGGGGUCAUUGAUGUUGGAUUAGUGCCAACGCCCGAGCAGAAAUCAAGAGCUUCUGUAGUUGCUAAUGUAUUUGAAGGCCUGCUUUGUGAAAGGGAUGGCUAAUGUUCUUUACCAGAGGAGAAGCAAUAUGUGUCCGACAUGAGCCCUAGUCUCUGGACAGUAACCGACAGUCAUACACUUUACAGUAUCUGAACUUUACCUGCUGCAACUACAUUAGCAACCACAGCCGCUCUUAGCUUCAGCUCUUUAGUUUAGUAAAGUUGCUUUAACUUUUUGUACUUGUGACGGGUGUUGAACCUUUGUGCUGUCUGCAGGACCCUGCAGUUCUGGCUGCCAUGGAUGGCUGGUGGUCUUUAAAAGGCACCGUCGCUGAGUUCAUGCCCAUGUUUAAUCUUUUUUUAGCACCAGCUUCUUCUUGCAGCCCUACCUGAUUCCAAAUAAUGUGUGGACACGAGACAAACCCUGAUCCAGGUGGCUACAGGCUAAGUCUCCAUCUUCCUCGUGUAUCACAUUAUCAAUGUAUUGUACUGACUAUGCCUGGUCCACUCGGGCAUGCAGCUUUUUGUAUGUUUCUGUCUCAACUCUGUACAGUGUACAUAGCUAGGUUGUUAAAAUGCAGGUUUUGUAGAUAUGGAAUAAUCCUGAACUACCUUUGGGUCUUUAGUUGGACUGUUUUACAUGAGAUGCUGGUUGUUUUCACACCAUUCCUCUCCUGUUCUGCGUUUUUUUACUCAUGGAUGCUAUUACUAUGCUGGACAUGCAUUUUGCACAGUAUUAACUCCAGACGUUACCUUUCCCCAGGAGAAGGUGUGUGUUCUGUUAAGUUGAAAUGUUUAUAUGAUAAUGACAAAAUCUUUAUUGACAAAUUUCUAAUAAUUGUUUCAGGUCUGUUUGUUCUCAAAGACAGUGUCAAAUGUAUGUCCCUUAUCUGCAGAAAGAUGGGCUUCUUGAUUUUUUUUUAUUUAGUGCAGAAAAUAAAAAAGGUUCCUGCUUAUCAAACAA